GGCCAGCCCCCCAGCUCAUCAAUGGAGCAGUAGGAGAGAAGCAGGAGUCUCUGGAAGAGUGAAAAACAGCUAUUUCAUAAAUUUAAAGGCUUUGUGUCGUUUUGCCUGGACUUUUAUUUCUAACUCCCCUGAGAAAAAAAGCUUUUAUCGGUUCUUCAGCUGAAGAGAAGCGCUCUCAACAAGUGAAGAAGAUGAAAUACAUCAUAGGAAUUGGCGGAGUCACUAAUGGUGGUAAAACCACUCUGACAAAUAAGCUGAUCAAGGCUUUGCCCAACUGUUGUGUUGUGCACCAGGAUGACUUUUUCAAGAAACCCGAUCAGAUAGAAGUCGGGGAGGACGGCUUUAGACAGUGGGAUGUGAUCACAGCUCUGGACAUGGAGGCCAUGACCAACACGAUAAAAGGCUGGAUCGAGAACCCAGUCAAGUUUGCUCGUUCCCAUGGCGUCAACGUGGCUCCUGUGUCCGACGUGGCCGACUCUGAUGAGCAGAUCCACAUCCUGAUCGUUGAGGGCUUCCUGCUCUACAACUACCUGCCCCUAAUGGACGUGUUCAACAAGUGUUACUACAUCUCCAUUCCUUACGAGGAGUGCAAGAGGAGGAGAAGUACGAGACAAUACACCGUCCCAGACCCUCCCGGCCUGUUCGAUGGUCAUGUCUGGCCCAUGUACCUGAAGCACAGGAGAGAGAUGGAGGAAACCGGUUUGCAUAUUGACUAUCUCGACGGUUUGAAAUCAAAAGAGGAGAUGUACAACCAGGUGUAUGAAGACAUCCAGAACACACUGCUCAAUCGUUUAUAGCAGGAAGAGUCAAGAGUCUCCAUCCCUGUAUAGCAUUGUAAAUAGCACCAAGGAUUCUUUUUUAUGAUGUUUUUUCUAAUUUUAUUCUUUUUUUGUAAAUAGAUUGAAACAGCAUUAACUUAUCAUAUUGUCUUUUUGUCAUCUUCAGAUGACCAGUGCUUGAUUUUUCCUUUAGUGAUUGUUGAAUGGAAAAUUGUUCUGUCAACUGUUGUGUUAAACCACUAACUAUUUCUUGGACCAUAUACCUCUCAGUCUCAUCCAUCUACAAAUAAAUGCAUUAAUUGCUGUUAAGGAAACUGAA